AUGCCUCCUGCCAAAAUUUACGGUUACCUGGCUUUCGGGCGAUUCCAACGACCGCCACAGGCUGGGUAUGAGAACGAAUUCAGUUUGCAUUUUCUCGGAGUGUCUACAAAGGUCUACAAUGUACGACGGUUUACUUCUAUUGAGCUGCACCAGAGCCAUCUGCAUCCAAGGCCAUCAGAGGCCACUGCAAAGCAUAGAAGAAGAUGCUUACUUGUCGCCACUGCUCUCAUCAACAUCAAUGCGGCUGCCGGUCCGUUGCCAUUGGUGUCUCCAAGUUAUGCACCUGCGCGGCUGGAGAUGCGCGGCGGAGAACCUUACACCAAUCAAGUUGUCCGAGUAGGGUUCCAAGACACACAAGGACACUGGCGAGAUACAUAUUCGAAUGGCGACGCUAUUGUUCUUUUCGUUGGGGAAUACGAUACGUUUGCGGUUGCUCAAAGCUGUCCGAAGAACAUGGCACUAUUGUUGUUGCAUCCACCUCCUAUGACAUUCAGAGAUGUUAGAGCUCCAGCGGCAGCGGAAGUGCGGCGGAUGACUGAAUUGCGCAUAUCAGUCACUUUCGAAGGUUAUAAGGAGAAAAAAGCCGUUCUCCACACCUUGCGAGACAUAAACAAACUGGAGCGUACAACCUCCCUCAAAUUCUCAAACGACUUGGAGUAUUUCGAAAUUAUUCUUGAACGUCUUCACUCCUUGGAGAGAGAGGGUCUUGAUGUGUUCGAAGUGACGGGUGAUGGGAAGGGAUGGGAAGAUGUGAGAAGAACAGUAGCAAGCGCGAGGGGAUACUGA